UUUGCAAGUAGUUUUAUUGCACAACUUUGUGGCCAGGCCCACAAAGUUAAAGAGAGUUGUGGGCGUGUGACACCAACUGCUACCAUUCGGACACUCGCGACCACCACUAGAAAUAUGUCGGAUUCUGGAGUCAAUCCACACUUGGAGGGAAUCAUUUCAGAUUUUGAAGCUCUAAAGAGGUCCUUCGAGGUGGAGGACGUUGACACUUCAGCUCACUCUUCUCCCGGCUCCAGACGCACAACCAAUUCCCCCCACCGCAACGCCAUGUCUCCCACCAGCAUCUACUACCGCGACCUGGGCACAGCCGCCUCGGUUACUAACAACAACAACCUCAACUACACCCAACCUCGCUCCAUCAUGGGCGGAGGAGGCUCCAAGACCCCCGAGCCUGUGUCACGCCGCUCAGAGCUGUCCAUCGAUAUCUGCUCCACGCCCAGCAAGCAGGUGGACGCCACAAGCCCCGCAUCCAUACGCUUUGCAACCAACAGCGCCCUGAAGCGCCCCGAGGUCCUUGGCCACUCCAGGACGCCAGAAAUGAGCCACAAGAGGGAGGUCACUUUUGCCAAGACGGACUCCCCCGGGACACGCCGUAACGAAGGCAGCAGUCACACCAACGGGACUAGUCGCACCCCUGAAGCAAGUCACACCCGCAAAUUGGAGCCCCCCAGUCCCGGGGACAUUCGCAAACCCGAAAUCAGCAUCACCAGAGCUCCGGUGGAGAACAACGGCCACCACCCGGCAGUACACCACCCGCACCAUCCCAAUCCUCACCACAACACCAUCGUCACCACCUUCCGAUGCUCCUCACCAAACCACGCUGGACGCAAAUCCCCCAAUCCUGACCGGUCAGAAGUCAGUCUGAGCCACAGCAACAUGUCCGACUACACUAAGCCGCACCAUCCCAACCCGCCGCACGGCAAAGGGGACAAGGCCCACCACGCCAGCGACUUCAGCUACGUCGGCAUCGACGCCAUCCUGGAGCAGAUGAGGAGGAAGGCCAUGAAGCAAGGCUUUGAGCUCAACAUCAUGGUUGUGGGGCAAAGCGGCUUGGGGAAGUCCACUCUGAUGAACACGCUGUUCAAAUCAAAGGUGAGCCGCAAGUCGGUCGAGCCCAACGCUGAGGACAGGAUCCCAAAGACCGUAGAGAUCAAGUCCAUCAGUCACGAUAUUGAGGAGAAAGGUGUGAGGAUGAAGCUGACGGUCAUCGACACGCCAGGCUUUGGGGAUCAGAUCAACAAUGAGAACUGCUGGCAGCCCAUCAUGAAGUUCAUCAACGACCAGUACGAAGCCUACCUGCAGGAAGAGAUCAACAUUGACAGGAAGAAGAGAAUCCCCGACUCCAGGGUGCACUGCUGCAUAUACUUCAUCCCGCCCACUGGCCACUGUUUGAGGCCUCUUGAUGUGGAGUUCAUGAAGCGUCUCAGCAAGGUGGUGAACAUCGUGCCCGUCAUCGCCAAGGCCGACACGCUCACGCUGGAGGAGAGGGACUACUUCAAGCAGACGAUAAGGGAAGAGCUGCGAGCCAACGACAUCGAUGUCUACCCUCAGAAAGAGUUCGACGAGGACGCAGAGGACAGGAUGAUUAAUGAUAAAAUCAGGGAAAUGAUCCCCUUUGCCGUGGUGGGCAGUGACCAGGAGUACCAGGAGAACGGGAAGAGGAUUCUGGGAAGGAGAACAAAAUGGGGCACCAUUGAGGUGGAGAACAUUGCACACUGUGAGUUCGCUUACCUGCGAGACCUCCUGAUCAGGACGCACAUGCAGAACAUCAAGGACAUCACGGGCAGCAUCCAUUACGAGACGUACCGCGUGCGCCGGCUAAACGAGUCCAACAGUCACUUGAGCUCUCACCCGCCCGAGCGUCCACCUGUUCAGCCCAAGGCCAACGGUCAGCCCGAACUGCUUCCGGGCGGCGUCGUGCAAGCCAACGGAGUGGCAAUCCAACAUCAAGUUCUCACCCAUGAGAUGUAGACACGCAUCCGUACGCCCGCUCCGUUUACAUGAACAGGCCCAUUGACACGCGUGUUCUCUGAGCGCGAAUCUCUUUUCCAAAUGGGACUUUUUCCAGUCAUAAACCACUUUUCUAUCACCAUAAUACACAUGCAGUACUCGUUAUCAUUUACAUACAAUCGAGUUUGGUGUCAUGACACAACAGGUGUUGGGGGACUGGUGGCCAAUGAGAGCAUUUGAUCCCGCCCUCUAACCAUUCAAACUUUCUAGAUGGCUCAUGCGAAUUAGGAUGUCAGGUGCGCUGGAAUGAGCAUGCCCGCUGACUAUGAGCGAGACGCAGGGGUUCGUUCGCCCGUGCUAAGCCAAUCGCAGAGCAAAUGUAAAUAAAUGAGCAUUUGCAUUCACACCUAAGGACAAUUUAGAGUUUAACUUCACAUUCAAAACACGUUUUUGGAAUGGAGGAGAAAACGAACAUCUGCAAAGGGACAGCAUGCAAACCCCACACACGAGGGCCAGAGCCAGGAUUUGAACCCCCAACCUCGUAACGGUGAGGCGGCAAUGCUCACCACUUGAGAGGGCGGGGGAGACGCCACAGGAACUGCAGUCUAAAAAUCCCACCAACUAAAACCACAAAUGUUAAAUAUUCUCCUACAUUAAAUUUAGGACGUUGUUUCAAAGACGUGUGAGAGCUCCACCGGAAAGGAAAAAAGCGAGCAAGAAUAAUUGUGAAAGUAAGAUUAAAUAAGGGUGCGACAAAAGUCAAGAAAAAGUUGUAUUUUUUGACGGGCCAAAAAUUGUAAUUUGUCGGGACUAAAGAUGAAAAUCAUAAUAUUACGGGAUUAAAAUAAAAAUCUAAACUCCCACAUUUUUAAACAAAAAACCCCCGAACUUUAUUCUUGUAACAUGCUAUUUUUAAAUAAAACAUAAAUGACUUCAUUCUCACAAGAUUUUUCUCCAACUUUAGCCAGUCAACUUUUGUAAAGCAAAAUACCACUUUGAUCUUGUAAUAUGACUCUUUUCUUGAGGGGGGGGUGGAAUUUUUUCAAGAACGUACAGCUUUUUCCCUUCUUAAAAAAAUCACCCCCCCUCCCCCAUCUUCUAACUGUGGCCCUGUGUUAGCCCCCCCGCAAAAGGUUCGCCACCCCAGACUGAUAAACAAGCACAGGGCGUACGCUCACAUGGCAUUUAAACAUCACUUACGGUGAAAAUGAAACCGCGUUUUGUACUCUAGAUUAGCUCUGAUACGUGCCAGCCGUCUGGUUUUAUUUCGUGUUGUCAUCCAUGUAGUUUUAUCGUAUCAGGAUCGUUGAAGUAGCGUCGUCGUAUCAAGCAGGAAGUCCAGACCAAAUGCGGCGCUUCCACACUGCAAAUCGACAAGAGAGAGCAAGUGUGGGAGCAGCUCUUGGUUUAAAGGGUUUGUCAUAUUUUUUUUUCCCCUCAGUGUGAUGCUUUAAAACAAAAAAAAAAUAAUAAAAUCUUUAUCGCCUCACUGUCUUGUCUCGGAUAGAAAGCAGUCACCUUGUAUUUUACGGUGUUGAUUUACUUGUGUCUAUGUAUUCAUCUUGCUCUAACGUUAUUGUACACAAACGCGUGCCAUCCUUUCGUCAGUUUCUUUGGCCUGUAAAUCGAUAUUAAAGUCCUUUUUUUUCGUAUGAUAAAGAACGACUGUGUUUAAUGAAGCCCAUUCUUUUAGCAACUGGGAGUACAACUGUUGAAGAGGUGUGCGGGAGAGUUCAUUGCAACAAGAAGGUGUCAUGCUGCACUUUUAGCGUUAAAGGACCUACUCGUGAGGUGCAUGUGUGUGUUCAUCUUUCGUAAGUAUAACUCAUUGUGACAUUACAAAGCGUGACAUUUACAUCGCAAGCCAAAAUAGUUUAGUUCGAGUCGCAUGUUUUACUGUUGUUCAGAAAUGUGUGCCAUGAUAGUUCCUUAAAACCACAUCAGAAACGGCUUUUCAUUUUUUUUUUUCUGUUGCAUUUUUAUUAAACACGGUCAAGGGACAUCUUGUUGCAUUUCCGUAAUUGUCGUCCAAUCAGCUGAUCAAAUGCCCACAUGGAAAUUAUCUCAUCGCUGCUUUAUUAUGAACCAAGGGAGUAUAAUUCCAUGUCCAGAAGUCCGGAAGUUAUUGGUUACUCUUUGUACUGUUGUAUAGUUCAUUGUUAAUUGUGACCGUAUACUAGAGUUAAGGUUUUGUCUUUGAUAUGUUAUGCUCAAAGAAUAAAGGUGGAUAUUUUCAUUGUUUAA